CGGAUGUUGUCAUCGCCGGCUUCGCAGCCUCUGCUUUGCGCGCUUGUGUUUUGUUUCCUGUUUGCACCAAACAACACAUUUACAGCAAACAGAAUUAAAGGUGAUAACAUGCGAGUGCACUUUAAUUAAACAUGAUCUAAGAUUAAAUCCGCGUUUUAAUGGACUCGAGCUCAAGACCGUCCGCGGGGCGAGAAAAGGAGAGUGUGACGGCGCCCCUCAGAGGCCGACCGAUGUCUGACAGCGCCUCUCUGGGCUCUUACUCUGAGUAUCCCGCGGGACGUCCCUUCAUAAACACAGCCCUGCCCUUCACUAACAGAACCAUCAGAGCCUUUCCUGAGAGCAGCGGUGCAGCCAUUCUUUCCGCGCUGAAGAACCUGCAGGAGAAGAUCCGUCAUUUGGAGCUGGAGCGCUGUGACGCUCAGCAGAAGCUCCAGACCAUCUCCAGAGAGUCCACACACUCAGACCACAGACACUCAGACCACGAUCUGCUCUCUCAGCUGUCUGCGGCCGAGGCUCGAUGCUCACGCUUGGAGAAACAGUUGGAGCACAUGAGGAAGACUGUGAGAAACACAGAAUCAGACCGAAGCGCUGUGCUGUGUCAACAGGUGUCUCUGGAGCGUCUGGACUCAGCGGAUCGGACCGAUGUUCAGCUGAAGCUGCAGAAGCUGGAUCUGCUGGAGCAGGAGUAUUAUCGGCUGACGGAGACUCAGAGCGCCGCCGAGAGGAAGAUCAGACAGCUGGAGAGGAAACUACAGGAAGAGGAGCAUCAGAGGAAACUGGUGCAGGACAAAGCAGCUCAGUUGCAGACGGGUCUAGAAGCCAAUCGUCUGCUCAUCCAGUCUGUGUCUCCACGUCCACGCAAAUCCAGCAGAAACAAACCAAAGAAGCUCUCAGCAAAGAAACAUCCGUCUCAGCCAGAGCCGCAUUACAGACUCAGUCUGGGAGACGUGCCGUUUGUGACUGGGACGUCGACAGGCUCGAGUCACUCGGUGCGAGCAAACGUCCAGCACGUCCUUCAUCUCAUGAAGCAGCAUCAUCCUCAGCUGUGUAACGAGCGAGUGCUGGGACACGCCCCCUCCACCAAUCACAGCGCUCGCCAGGCCAGCAGUAGCUCCUCCUCUUCCUCUUCCUGUGGGGAGGAGCUGUCAGAGCUGCUGCUGACGCUGCAGGACGAGUUUGGACACAUGAGCUUUGAGCAGCAGGAAUUGGCCAAACAGAUCCAGUCGUGUGGUUCGGAUCGCUUGCGGCAGGAUUUGGAGCGUGAGAUGGAGACGCUGGUGAAGAGGAUGGAGAAUAAAGGAGAACAGAUCGCUAAAGUCCGGCGACAUCAAACUCAGUGCGGUCAGCAGAGCGACGGCGGAGGACAGAUUACAGUCUGGAGUCGCUCCGCCGGGCCGCUGAAGGUCAAGGCCAGACCGGGUGAGCGCAGUCGAGACAGUCUGCGUCUGCUGAAAGACAUGCGCUCGCUGCAGACCUCACUGCGCAGCUGGGAAUACUGAGAGGGGCAGGGUCACACAAACACAUCCAGGUCAAAGGUCGGCCCAAAAUCAAAAGAAGAAAGAUUAUUUUCAUGACAAUUUGUAGUUCUGUAAUGCUGUUUUUUUUAUGAUAUUAUAUGUUAUAUA